UUUUCUUAUUAUCAUUUUUUUUGAAAAAAUCUCCAAAAUGAAAUAAACUGUAAAAUUAUCAGUGAUUACAAUCUACUUUUGUUUUAAUUUAUCUUACAAACAUUAAUAAACUAUUCAACUAAAUUGUUAUCAGAUCCGUGCAAUCGGAUUAUGUUAAAUCAUUUUAAUGGUAAUUCUUUAUAAAGCCAAUUCAAAAACAUCGAGCUUAUGUCUUCGCCAAAAGAGAUUGAUCUGAAAUGUCCCAUCUGUGAGAAAGAAAAAACAGCGUUCAUUUGUGUAAAAUGCAUUUGCAGUGGCGAUUUCGACAAAUCAACCAUGUUUUAUGGUCAUCGUUGUACAGCAGAUACAGCUAUCGCUUUUGAUGCUAAAGAUGCCACAAUCGUCAAAUGUACGAUGAAAGAUCAAAAGGCCUUCUCUAAGCUCCUGGAAGCUGAACAAACAAAACUAAAUGAACGCUUCGAAGAGUUGGUUGCUGAGUACAAAAAAUUGGAAGAGAUUGAAAGUUAUAUUGCUGAAUAUGAGUUUAAAAUUUCCAACAUUAAAAAUUUGAUCAAACUUCGCAAGUCGGAGGCAUCAUUAGCCGAGAAACGUUCCCGUUCAAUGGUCAAAGAUGAAGAAAAGCUACGUACCCGUAUUGAAUCAACCCCUAAUAUUACAAAAGACUUCCGUGAAAGAAUUAGUCGGGAUAAGAGCCGUUUAGCUGACUUUUAUGCUGAAAAUAAUGAAAUCGAGGCCGAAAUAAAAAAAAAGAAUAGGGAAAAUCUCUUGAAACUUAAAGAUCUAUUCCAUUUUGAAAGAAAAGAUCCACCAAUGUUAUAUAAUCAGGAUACUCAAACAAGCUCUUCUACUGAUUCGGAAACCGAUAUCAUUAAUGAUAGAUCCCGUUCUUCAGGAUAUUACACUAGAACGAGUCCUCAUCAUUACUGUAUUGUUGAAUCUUGGAUUCCCGGAGGCACUGGAGUUUUGGAUUAUUAUGAAUUUAUGGCACUGCGUAAACAACGUGAAAAGUUAAACAAGGAGUACGAGGAUUUGCAUUUAAAUGAUGACGAAAGUACUCGUGAUAAUCCUGCUUUUCGUAUUACUGCUGCUCUAUCAAAUAUAUCUCAACUCAUUUCCGUGGCCUCUGACAUUCUGGAUAUUCGAUUGCCGAAAAAACAAAAAUAUUUCGAUUUUUAUACAGCAUACGAUUGCUACAAGCCGAAAGAGCCCGAACUUUUCCCCUCAGAAAAUGAAUUAUUACAUAGAGCUGCCAAACUGAAUGCAAAUAUAAUAUAUCUUUGCCUUUCUCAAAACGUCCAUUUUGAUUUUUUGAAUCCAAGCUCGACGGGUAAAAAUUUAAACGCAUUUUUUGAUGCAAACAACAGUAACCUCGGCAGAACAGGACCCAUCUCAAUUCCUCAAGAUGUAAGUCAAGUUAUUGAAGACUGUUUGCUUCCCAACAAUAACCUGUACACGGAUUUUGAAGAUUUUGAAUUUAUUGAAGAAGGCGAUUGGGAAGCUGUACCGAGAUCUUCGGUAAUUAAUAUUCCUCACGAUAAUCAAAGUACUAUUAAUAGUGAAAGCAUCUUGACUAAUCUUGCGGAAACAUGGUACAACGCGGUAACAUCCUUUAUUAGAGGAUGAUGCGAUUUCAUCUUAAUAAUAAUCAAUAAAAAUGAUUUUUCAGAUAAUAUAA